UCCGCGCGGACCGAGCGAGGCGGCAGGCGCUUCUUCAGUCUCCCCGAGUUCGCUCCAGCCGCUCGCCCGCCACCGCCUCCUCGGCGCGGACCUCGCACCGCCCAGUUGCCAUCUUCAGAAUGAUUCCCUGCAGAGCAGCGCUGUCUUUUGCCCGAUGUCUGGUCCGGAGGAAAAUCGUCACUCUGGACAGUUUAGAAGAUACCAAACUGUGUCGCUGCCUAUCCACCAUGGACCUCAUCGCCCUGGGGGUGGGGAGCACACUGGGUGCUGGGGUCUACGUGCUGGCCGGGGAGGUGGCCAAAGCGGAUUCUGGCCCCAGCAUCGUGGUCUCCUUUCUCAUUGCUGCGCUGGCUUCCGUGAUGGCAGGUCUUUGCUACGCGGAAUUUGGGGCCCGAGUUCCCAAGACUGGGUCUGCCUACUUGUACACUUACGUUACUGUUGGAGAACUGUGGGCCUUCAUCACUGGCUGGAAUCUCAUUUUAUCUUAUGUGAUAGGAACAUCAAGUGUUGCAAGGGCGUGGAGUGGCACUUUUGAUGAACUUCUUAGCAAGCAGAUCGGUCAUUUUUUCCGGACAUACUUCAAAAUGAAUUAUACUGGCCUUGCAGAGUAUCCAGACUUUUUUGCUGUGUGCCUUAUAUUACUUCUUGCAGGUCUUUUAUCUUUCGGAGUGAAAGAGUCUGCUUGGGUGAAUAAAGUCUUCACAGCUGUCAAUAUCCUGGUGCUUCUCUUUGUUAUGGUUGCUGGAUUUGUGAAAGGAAAUGUGGCAAACUGGAAGAUUAGUGAAGACUUUCUCAAAAAUAUAUCUGCAAGUGCCAGGGACCCAACUUCUGAAAAUGGAACAAGCGUCUAUGGGGCUGGUGGCUUUAUGCCUUAUGGCUUUGCAGGAACUUUGGCUGGGGCUGCAACCUGCUUUUAUGCCUUUGUGGGAUUUGACUGCAUUGCAACAACUGGUGAGGAAGUCCGGAACCCUCAGAAAGCUAUUCCUAUUGGAAUUGUGACUUCUCUGCUGGUUUGCUUUAUGGCCUAUUUUGGGGUCUCGGCAGCUUUAACACUGAUGAUGCCGUACUACCUCCUGGAUGAGAAAAGCCCGCUUCCUGUGGCCUUCGAGUACGUUGGAUGGGGGCCAGCCAAAUACGUCGUUGCAGCAGGCUCCCUCUGCGCUUUGUCAACAAGUCUUCUUGGAUCCAUUUUCCCAAUGCCUCGUGUAAUCUAUGCUAUGGCGGAGGAUGGGUUGCUUUUCAAAUGUCUAGCUCAAAUCAAUUCCAAAACGAAGACUCCAAUAAUUGCUACUUUAUCAUCGGGUGCAGUGGCAGCUGUGAUGGCGUUCCUUUUUGACCUGAAGGCCCUCGUGGACAUGAUGUCCAUUGGGACGCUUCUGGCCUACUCUCUGGUUGCAGCCUGUGUUCUUAUCCUCAGGUACCAGCCUGGCUUAUCUUACGAGCAACCCAAGUACUGUUCUGAGAAAGAAGCUCUGGGAUCAUGCACCAACAGAACCUCCAAAAGUGAGUCUCAGGACACCAUGCUGCCAGGGCAGGGCUUCAGCCUGCGAACCCUCUUCAGCCCCUCGCUUCUGCCCACAAAACAGUCUGCGUCUCUUGUCAGCUUUCUGGUAGGAUUCCUGGCAUUCCUUAUCCUGGGCCUGAGUGUUCUGACCACGCACAGCGUCCACACCAUCGCCAGACUGGAAGCGUGGAGCCUGGCUCUCCUGGUGCUGUUUCUCAUUCUCUGUGUUGCCAUCGUGCUCAUCAUCUGGAGGCAGCCCCAGAAUCAGCAGAAAGUAGCCUUUAUGGUUCCAUUCCUACCGUUCCUGCCAGCCUUCAGCAUCCUGGUGAACAUUUACCUGAUGGUCCAGUUGAGUGCAGAUACCUGGAUCCGAUUUAGCGUCUGGAUGGCACUUGGUUUCCUGAUUUACUUCGCUUAUGGCAUUAGACACAGCCUGGAGGGUAAUCCGAGGGAUGAAGAAGAUGAUGAUGAAGAUAUGUAUUCAGACAACAUUAACGCAGCAACAGAAGAAAAAUCUGCCAUGCAAGGUGGCGACCAUCACCAAAGAAACCUGAGUUUACCUUUCAUUUUCCACGAAAAAACAAGUGAAUGCUAGUGCCUGCUGGGGCAGAACUGGUCCACAGUCUUCAUGUACAUGGUCUGCAUGGAGGGAACCAUGAUGAUGUCAUCACCACACCAGGUUGUCAUGGAUUUGCUGCAGACACAGUUCACCCUAAUUUAUACUUACUCACGUGAACAGCACCUCCUCUGAUGGUGACUCACACAUCUAGGGAAACCACUCUGAGCUCGCUCCUCCGUGAUAAAUAUCCCCCAGAGAGUGGGCACAUGGGCAUGUGUGUACGUAUGUUUGUAUAUGUUGGGGAAUAUCAUUGUUAAAAGUUGUUGGUGUCUUACUCUUAUCGCAUUGCAUUUUUCCAGUGUUGUCAUUCAUCAGUAGCCUAUCCUGCACCCACUAAAAUGGAGGUGAUCACUGAAUAGAAAAGUAUCUUGAAUGUGCCAGGUGUGGUUGGGGAAAUAACUGUCACUUUUCCUUAUUGGACUUUAUGUCAAGUUAGAACAUCCUAAAAUUGCAUUUACCCA